AUGGGAAUUUGGGGUUUCUUCAGCUCAAGCACAGAAGCAGUGAAGCGAAAUGCACCGGGUUUAUCUCUGGUGAAGAAUUCCUUCACAACCUCUUACAAUUACGGCUCCAUCGCCUGCAGAGCCUCUUACAAUUACGGAUCCGCCGCCUGCGCCAAGAUCGGUGAUAUGUGCGGACUACAGAAACUCAAACAGUGGCUUCCGGGUGAUAAGGCCCAAUCCAGGAUCGGUGUCGUUGCUACAAAUGCUGCCCUGUAUACCCUCCACGACAGUUGUAGACUUGGUCCUGGUUGGCUUUAUAGAUUAGCUCCUGAUUUGCUUUACAGAUUUGUUCCUGGUUUGCUGCUUAACAGAUCUGAUCCUGUUAUGGAAGAUGAUGCGGUAUGGAUAUCAAUUUGCUAUCCAGUUGAAUAUGAGCAGUCAGCUGAAGGUGGAGUUGUAGUUUCCAACAUUGUUUCUAAGACAGCCAAAAAGGUAAAACGUGAGACCUUAUACAAGAAACCCAAGUCAUUGGAAGAUAGGGACAUUGCACCAGGAAAACAAUUCACUGGUACCUGA